AUGGAAAAACACGAUCGCGUCGCGUCUGCGGUGCGGCGUCGGCGGCGACGAUGCGUGUGCGGUGAGCGGCGGCAGCGUAGCGACGUGGUCGCGACAGAACUGUCCGCGGCUGCACAUCACGGCCGCGACCGGCUCCUUCGAAGUCGCAGCAUCUCACACCCGGUCGCUAGGAGGGCCGCUGCGCGCGCACCCACCUCGACAACCAAUCGCACCGCGGGGGUUGGACCGCGUGUAAGACGUACGGAAGUAUAUGCAAAGGCCUAUGUACAGAUGAUAGCGGACAGGUGGUUUCGCGGCCGUAAUUAG